AGUGAAACGUGAGUCUUCAUUGCGCACUCGUGAUGGAGCACGGGCAGGAAGGGGAAAGGAAAGUUGACUUGAGACAAAUUAAACUUCAGUCUUCGUCGAGUACCUGUGAGUCAGUGAACUCAAGUGUUUGUCGGACAGAAACUAUGGUCUUCGUUGAUCACCCAUGAGGCAGUGCAAAUAGAGUGCUCGUCGAGAACUUGUGAGUCAGUGAAACUCGAGUCUUUGUCAGAGUAAAACCCGAGUCUUUGUUGAGCACCAUUCAGUCAAAAAAAAUAAUAAUUUCAAGCACCAAUGAGUCACUGAAACUCAAGUCUUCAUAGAGAACCCGAGAGCGAGUGAAACUUGAGUCUUUGUUGAGCAUCCGUGAGUUAGUAAAAUCAAGUUUUCUUCAAGCAUCCAUGAGUCAGUGAAACUAGAGUCUCUGUCGAGAGCCUGGUAGUCAGUGAAACUCGAGUCUUCGCCCAGCACCAGUGAGUCAGUGAAAAGCGAGCCUUCGUUGAGUACCAGUGAGUUGAGUGAAACUCAAGUCUUUGUGGGGGACCCAUGACUCAUUGAAACUCGAGUCUUCGUGAAGCACCCAUGAGUCAGUGAAACUCUAGUUUUCAUCGAGUACCUGUGAGUCAGUCAAAUUUCAGUUUUCGUCAGGCACCUGUGAGUCAGUAAAACUCAAGUCUUCAUAGAGCACCCGUGAUGCAGCUCGGGCAGGAAGUGGAAAGGAAAGCUGAUCUGAGAGAAGUGAAGUGAAACUUGAGUCUUCUUCAAGUAUGUGUGAGUCAGUGAAACUCGAGUCUUUCUCAGAUUGAAACUCAAGUCUUUUUGAGCACCCGUGAGCCAACGAACCUCGAGUCUUCGUCAAGCACCCGUGAGGCAGUGAAACCUGAGACUUCGUUGAGUACUUGUGAGUCACUGAAACUCAAGUCUUUGUCUGAGUGAAACCUGAGUCUUUGUUGAGCACGCAUAAGUCAGUGAAACUCAAGUGUUCUUCAAGGACCUUUGAGUCAGUGAAACUCCCGUCUUUAUUAAGCACCACUGAAUUAGUGAAACUCGAGCUUUUGUCGAGCACGCAUGGGUCAGUGAAACUAGAGUUUAAUUGAGCACCCCCGAGUCAGUGAAACACGAGUCUUGGUCGAGCACCCGUGAGUCCGUAAAACUAGAGUCUUAGUCUAUUACCUGUGAGUCAGUGAAACGUGAGUUUUUGUGAUGAGUUUUGAACAAUUUGUUCAUGACUCGCACAUCUUUCAUGUCUGAAACAAAUAGACCAUACCAUAUCACUGAAAAACCUGUAUUGGCCUAUAUGGUAUUUAUAUAGAUAUAAAUAUUUUGGCCUCUAUUGUGCAAGUAGUCAACUAUAUUUAACUACUUGACCUACACUGGAUUUGGAUUGGUUUUAUGAAACAAAAAUGUGAAAAAUAACAAAGUGGUACCUGCUUUGUUUCAGAUUUCUGUAUACGGCCCUUGAUGGGAAAAGUUUGGACACCCCUGCUGCAAGCCAAGAGUGCAUGGAACUUUACUGUAUUUACUGCAUAGACUGCAAAACUCUUCCCUUCAGUGAGUCAAGGCCCUUCCCAAGUGGGCGUGUGUCACAGUCCAGCCCUCUCUCACUCCCACUUACUACCCAAAAAAAGAGCGAGAGAGGGAAAGAGGGCGAGAGAAAUGCAAACAGCCAAUCAGAUGAGGUCUGAAGUCUUGACAGGAGUUUUUCACUGCGCUCCAGUGUCACAAGUUUUUGGUCUACUUUGUGGCCCAGGGUGGUGCACAGCUGGAGGCGCAUUGUGUGUAUUCAAGCAGGACGGCAUGGCCAUUGUAUGUGCCAAUAUAUGGAGGCUAGGAUGAGGAGGGGGACACAACCAGCCUGAAGCCCCUGUCAGCGGUGUCCAGUGAUUGUCUCCCUCUUCUCUCUCGCUAUGAGCUGCCUGGAUGUGAUGUACCACCAAAGCUAUGGAGCACACCUCCUGCCCGCAGAAGCUUACAGGUCCACUUAUUACAACCACCAUCACCAGCAACAACAGAGGAGGCUGAGUGCUCACACUAAGAUGCACAACUGCUCAAACCAUCAGCAAGCCGGAGGAAGAGUACUACCGUCCAGAGAUCAAGGUCUUCGGCACGGUCAUGGAACCGAAUCUGGAUGUGUAUCGAUACCUGACUUGGAGCUGAAAGACGGAACUCAACCAGCCGAAGCGGAGUACCUUAACUCCCGGUGUAUAUUGUUUACGUACUUCCAAGGAGACAUCGGCGAUGUGGUAGAUGAACACUUCUCUCGGGCGCUCAGUCAGUCCGCUGGACUUCACAGAGAGACAAAGCCAAUUCGUAUGAGUCAGCCGUCUGUUUCGAGUAAUACCCACACAUGGAAAGAUGGCGAGUCACUCCCGGAGGGUCAGAACUGCUCAGUUUGGAACAACACUUAUCCAUCCCAUCCCACGACUUGCCUCCCUUCUGUGUCGGUCCACCCAGAAUUCUCCUCCAGUCCCAUUUCCCUCAACCACGCUGAUGGAGGUCUGUGGGCUGGCCAUGUGCUCUCCCAGGCCAGCCUCCAACCCUUGGCUACUCUCACCGACAGCUGGACCUACAGCCUGAACCCCCAAAACACAAGCGGCUACCCCAACGUCCAUGACGUCUACCACCCUCACCCCCACAUCCACGCUCGGCACCACCACCAUCACCACCACCACCCUAUGUUCCAUUCGUAUCCAAGUCAUGGCGCAGCGUUAGAUUCAAGGUUCAGUCCUCUUCUCCUGCCGGGUGUGAGGAACCAGAGCCAGCCCUCAGCCAGUGCCGGAAGUUCCCCACAUAGCGAGGGUGCAAAGACUGAGCUGGAGGCGAGUAAUACUAGCCCAGUCACGGCUUCAUCUGUCUCCUGGACCCCCUCCCCCCUCCAUGGAUCCUUGGAAUUGUAUGAUUCAGUUCAUGAACAGACCAAAGCUAAAUCAUCCGUUUGGUUCUAGCCCUUGACAUGGACUCUAUGACGCUGGUGACAAAGUACAUGAUGGAUGCUCCGACUACUGCUCCUGCCUGUUUCUUCCAUCUUUGUAGGCUAUUUUUGUCCAGAAUCAAGAUUUUGUCUGUGCUGCAAUUCUGGUCCAAUUCUUGUAAUGAUAGCUUUUGAGUUUCUAAGUUGCUCAUCAAAUUCAACCCUCCAAGGCUCCAAAUGCCACAAAUAAUUGAACAUCUUAAUUGAGUUGAACCUGUUCAGAGCCUUUCUGAUCAUGAUUCUGUUUGUGGCCCCAUUUCAGUCUUUAAAAAAUCGUAGUGUUUGAUUUUUUAAGUUGCUCAUCAAAUUCAAUCCUCUAAGGCUCCAAAUGCCUAGAAUUAUUGAAAGUCUUAAUUGACUCACCUUUCAGACAAAGCUUUUCUGAUAAUUUGGCAUUAUUAUUAUUAUUAUUAUUAUUAUGUUAUGUUACUAUGUCAAAGUGGUUCUGUUUCAAGAACUUUUGCUUUUAAAUAAUGUACAGUUUUGCAUUUCUAAGUGUUGUGUUUGGGCUGGAUGCUACAUUUGAUUUUUUUUCCAAAAGGGAAGUGUGUGUUGUAUA